UUUGUACUGUAGCUGGGGGUGAAAAUAAGUUCAAACAUUCUGCCUUUAAAAUAAAAUUUAAGAGCCGGGUUUAAAACAGCUUGAAAAUACAACUGUAUAGAGUUUUGAGUUAAUUUUUUUUAAAAAAAUAAAUAGUGUUGUGAAUAUAUUUCCGCCUGUAACUGUAGCACAUGUAUCCAUCUUGAAACGGACGUUCAAGAUUCUUCCAAUUUCGUAUCACUGUUCUCUCUCUCUAUCAUUGCUGUGCGAAGUGCAAAGCAGCCACUAGUGCAGUGGCGUCAUCGCCUUGUGCUGAUCCAGCGACCCACCACUCACCAUCAAUCAUCGCCGCGACCUCCAUUUCCGAUUCCUCCGUCGGCCUGCCACUGCCACCCAUGUCCGCCUACGACGCCCGCCUCCGCGACCUCAAGGCCUUCGACAACACCAAGGCCGGCGUCAAGGGCCUCGUCGACGCCGGCGCCACCGCCGUCCCGCGCAUCUUCCACCACCCGCCCGACCCCACGCCGGUCGCCUCCGCCGGCGCCAUCCCGGUCAUCGACCUCGCCUGCGCCGACCGGGACCAGGUGGUGGCCCGGGUGAGGGCGGCGGCGGGGUCGGUCGGGUUCUUCCAGGUGGUCAACCACGGCGUGCCGGUGCGCGCCAUGGAGGAGACGCUGGCGGCGGUGCGGCGCUUCCACGAGCAGCCGGCGGCGGCGAAGCGGGAGGCGUACACGAGGGACCCGGGGCGCAAGGUGAGGUUCAACUCCAACUUCGACCUGUUCGAGUCGCCCGCCGCCAACUGGCGCGACACGCUCUUCGUCCAGGCGGCGCCGGACCCGCCGCGGCCGGAGGAGCUCCCGGCCGCCGUGAGGGGCGUGCUGCUGGAGUACGCCGAGCUGGCGCGCCGGCUGGCCGUGUCGGUCCUGGAGCUCCUGUCGUCGGCGCUGGAGCUGGAGCGCGGCCGCCUGGGGGAGAUGGGCUGCGCCGACGGCGUCAGCGUGGUGAGCAACUACUACCCGCCGUGCCCGGAGCCGGACCUCACCGUAGGCACGAGCCGGCACUCCGACCCGGCGUUCCUCACCGUGCUCCUGCAGGACGGCAUGGGCGGCCUCCAGGCGCUCCUCGAACUCGAGGACGAAGGCGACGGCCGGCGCCGCUGGGUGGACGUGCCGCCCGUGGCCGGCGCGCUCGUCGUCAACGUCGGCGACCUGCUGCAGCUGGUGAGCAACGGGAGGCUGAGGAGCGUGGAGCACCGGGUGGUGGCCAACCGGAGCAGGGAGGCGGCGCGGGUGUCGGUGGCAGCUUUCUGCAACGUCGACCUCGGGUGCGAGACCAGCCGGAGCGACAGGCUGUACGGGCCCAUCGCCGAGCUCACCUCCGACUCCGGCGACCCGCCGCUGUACAGGAGCAUCACCGUCGCGGAGUUCCUCGCGCACUACGACGGCAAAGGGCUCGACGGCCGCCCCGCCCUCCACCAUUUCCGUCUUCCUGCCACUCUUCCCUAGCUACCCCCUCCUUGAUUUUCGAACUUACCUUUUAUUGUUUGUCUAAUUCAAAAUUACUUUACAAAUUUAUAGAACUGUAAAUCAAGCUUAAAAUUAACAAAACAUUAAUAGUCAUGUAACUUAUUAAAAUAAAACGAUCAGCUUGUUCUAUCGAUAUAGGAGAGCACCGUUGUGGUCAGCUUGCCCAUACUUAUAAUUCAUGAUGCAAUAAAUAUUAUGA